AUGACCCGAAAGCGCAGUCACUCUGAAGCCUUGUCGGGCUCUUCUACAAAUUCACAAGAUGAAGAUAUCACUACCAAUAAAGCUCCAAUUGCCGCGUUCUUUGUUGACUCGGUCGGAACAGACAUGGUCGAUAUCCACGUCGGUCGAGAUGAAGAGGAGAAGCUAUUUCGUAGAUGUUUUGAGAAGGGUAAGAGGGUCACGAGACUCUCAGAUGAAUCUCCCAAGCUCUUCGACAUAAUCAUGGAGUGGAUCUAUACCGACGAGCUGCAUUUGUCCAAGAAAUCAAUAUCGGAUAGCGAAGCCUUUUACUUGUAUCAACUUGCAGAGUUACUAGUUCUACCUGUUGUAAUGGACAGAAUAAUGACCUUUAUUCGUAGCAGACAUUACAAGGAAGACUCCUAUUUCGAAGCAAGCAUCAUUAAGGACAUUUAUCACAACACCUUCCGGAACUCAAAACUCCAAGCUUAUGCUAUCCAAUUGUUCUUUUACACUCUUCGAGGGGAUACAGCAGAAUACAAGAAGAUGAUUCCAAAUUGGGAUGUAGAAUCACUUUUGAAAGUCGAGGGUUUCACCAGAGACUUCAUCAAAUUCAGCCGGCAAAUCACUAUUGAGGAUCCCCGUCUCAGCGGAUGCCGGUUUCAUGUUCAUGAAGAAGACGAUGUCUGUGGAGAGGCUGACGGUGACUAUGAGGUUGAGGAAGAUGGAGACACCGACAGUAAUGAGGAAAGUGAUGAGGAAGAAGAGGAAGAUGAAGACGAAGAAGAAGAAGAAGAAGAAGAAGAGGAAGAGGAAGAAAUCAAGGAUGAGUAG